AAUUUUCUAACCUCAACCUCAACUGCGCGAUCUUCAAAUUUCCCUUUCUGCGAUUCAGCGAUCUAAUAAUUUGGUGAUUUCUUUUGUGACUCUUUAAGAUUCAAAGCAUCUUGCACUAUGUGAUCAAUUCCCUACUUUCUUCCCUAACAUUUCAAGUGAAUUUCCCUAGAAUUGUAAGUGCGUUUUAGCAUUCAGUGACAGAUUCGACCUCUUUGGAAAAGUGCGAUUUUGGUGGAAGUCCAACCAUUUUCACAAUGGUUUUGAUCAAAGAAUACAGAACAUGCAUGCCCCUAACUGUGGAAGAGUAUCAAAUAGGUCAGCUGUAUAUGAUUGCUAGGCAUAGCAAUGAACAAACUGAAUCCGGUGAAGGUGUAGAAACUGUUGUCAAUGUUGCCUGUGAAGAUUCAACUCAUGGCAAAGGUCAAUAUACCGAAAAACGUAUCCACUUAUCUAGUCAGUUACCGUACUGGGUCCAGUCACUAAUACCGAAAGUAUUUUACGUCACAGAAAAGGCCUGGAACUAUUACCCUUUUACUAUAACAGAAUACACAUGUUCCUUCUUGCCGAAAUUUACCGUAUCUAUAAGGACAAAAUUCGAAGAUAAUAACGGCUCUAACGAUAAUUGUUUGAAUCUGUCAGAAACAGAAUUGGCGCUUAGAGAAGUUGAUGUCAUAGAUAUUGCCUAUGAUGAAAUCAAUCCUAAACAUUAUAAAGAAGAGGAGGAUCUGCGUUUUUUUCAAUCCAAGAAAACUGGUCGAGGACCUCUUGCGGAAGGCUGGAGAGACACAAUCACACCUAUAAUGUGUUCAUAUAAAGUUGUAGAAGCAUCUUUUGAAGUUUGGGGACUCCAGACAAAAGUAGAAGACAUAAUUCAAAAGUCAAUAAGAAACAUUCUACUGUUAGGCCACAGGCAAGCGUUUGCCUGGAUUGAUGAGUGGUACGGUAUGUCUCUAACAGACGUAAGGUUAUAUGAAAGCGAAAUGCAGAGGCAAACCAACUCAAAAAUCGUGAUUGAUGAUGAACUCCUGACUCCGUCCUCACCACCGAAAUUCCCGAUGUCACCCUCGAGAGGUUGGUUCUCAUGGUCCUAAUACUCAUUUGGUAUGUAUUCAGAUACAUAGCUCUACCAGAACUUCUCCCUUCUUGGAAAUCACUCGCCGCAGCAUUUUGUUCCUAUCCGUUAUUAUUUCCAUAGAGUAUUGCAAGUUGGCAAUUUUGUAAUAUGGCAAGUUGCAAAUUGCUUUAUCUUGAUCGAAUUUAAAAUUAUUUUGACUUGUCGUAAGUAUUGAUAAGCACAUUUAGUGAAUGAAUUUAUGUAUUCCCAUUGAUUUGAUUUUUGGCUGUACUGUUUUCAGCUUUCGUCUAUUUAAUUGGCGUACAAAAUUUAAUCAAUGUAUGAAAAUUUGCAUGAGAAAAACUGAAAGAAAAGUUCAUAAUCUUUGACUUGAUAUAGAUAAUUUUCCUGAGAAGAUAUUUUAGGUUGGGAAAUGACAACAAGAAUAACAGUGUAUUGAUAAAAAUUAAGAAUGUUAUUUUGAUUAAGGUGAUGGGCUAUAGUGCUGUAAGUCACAAAGAUAAUGGGUUAGCAAGUCAUAAUUUUUUAUUUAUUACUGCCUUACAACUCAAGAUUGGCCUCACGGUCUCCAUGCUCUUACGAUCGCAAGAUGAGGCAUUUUCUACACCCCUGAAUAAUAUCAUACAAAAGAGGUCCAUCUGUGUUGAAAGAUAUGAGAUAUCUGCUGAAGGCUAAGCCCUGUAUUUGGAACACUCAGUUGUUACUCCGAGUAAUGCUUUAGUAAAGUGAAUUCAAUGAAAUCUGGCGCCUGUGAACUACGAACUUUAGAUAAAAUCCAGCACUAUCAUAGAUUCUUAGAUUCUUUUUCUGAACUCCUGUUGCAGGUAGACUUUAUUAUGAAAUAUAAAAUAUCAAUGUGAAAAGCAUAUUUACAUUACAAACCAUUAUUUUAAACAUUCUUCAAAAAUUCUUCUUGCAGCACAAAAAUUAUAUGACUUUGAGUAGUAAUUAGAACAUGUUACUAAAUGCAUACAUUAAAGUAGGUAUUAUUGUAAAUAAAUAUGAGAGCUGUUUUUUCUGUUACGGAGCUAUAUCUAAGGAUGGAAAUGAUGUGUACGUUAGAAUAACCGUUACUAUCCACUAAAUAUGCUGUUAUUCAGCUGUGCUAUUGAGUAAAUGAAGACUGCUCGUUGCAAGCACUGAUACUAAUAAUUUUAGAAGAGGCAUCUUUAGUUUAAAUUAGACCCAUUAAGCUAUUGCUAUAUGUAUAGCUAGUGCAAGCAAGUAAUAAUUUUUUUGUAUCAUUUCUAAUUCUUGAAAACAAGAGUUUUUAUCUUUUUCCUCCUCGGUACUUACUUACCAGCUAAUCUCAUAUUCUUUCAUUUGAUAAAAUAUCCGAACUAUGGUGCAGCAGAAUUCUACGCUUUGUGUGCUACAUCGUUCAAAAAUGUUUAUUUAACUUAUAGUUUACAUAGAUUCUCCUGAGAAAGUCGCUAAAUAAAGAGGAAUCAAUGUGUUAGAUGCUCCGUACGAUGAUGCAAUUUUAGUCUCCAAAAAGUCUCAAUUUUGCUGUUUUUUCACCAUGUCAGCAUUUUUAAGAACAUUUGAAUGUUGUCUUCAGCCUCACCACUUUUCAAGUACAAUUUCGAACUCAGAGCUAGCAAUGAAUUUUGUUUAUCAAAGCUUUGAUAUCCAUCAAAGUGUUUGCCCUAAUUUCCUUUUUUAUGCAUGUAGAUUUUGAUUGAUACUCUUUGGAGACCAACUUUUAACAUACGCAUGUCAUCUUUUUUUGUCUUUCAUCUAAAAAGUUCCAUGAGGCAUUUUUCUCUAUUGAAAGUUAAAAGCCAAAAGACGCUGAUUAGAUCGUGAAUUAAUUUUUAGUCGAUGUAAGUAAAUUGAGACAUGACCUAGCUUAUCUUUAAGUACCUUUUGUGCAUCACUUCAAAGGGCCUGAAUAUGUCAUUAAGAGUGAGGGUCUGAGUGAAGUCUAAUAGUGCUCCCUGUAUAAGAAUGACUGAAAAGAUGUGAAUUGAGCACUCUUUUUCAUUUGUGAUAUUGUCUCUGAUGUGCAAUAUCUGGCUCAUUGUUAGUUAAGGUUUUUUGGAUGAUACAUCGUAUUAAAAAUUCCAAUUCCAAACUAAAUUUUUGGGUGUCAAUAUGUCCAAGAAACAUGGAUUGUACCUAGCUGUUACAACUAUUGAAACAGUUAUCAGCAGCAAUCCUUACUUUGAUGUUCGUUUCAAAUAACUUUUUAAUGCGUUAAGAUUUUCAGGUUGUCUCCUUCAGGCAAAGCUUCCCUAAUGGACAGCUUGAAUUCAAGCGAUGUAGAUGAUCUGAGGGGCUUAGAGGACAAGGUGCACAAGUACAGUUUUUACUAUCAUAAGAAAUAUGUAAUUAAAGUUUCAAAAUUACCUGGAAGUUCUAACAAACUUUUUGAUGCUCACAAAUUGAAUUCUUCAUUGAAUAUAGUUCAACCUUAAUUUGUUUUAAAAUCAUCAGUAUCUCGAUUUUUUUGAGAAACUGCGCCUUGUUCCCCAAGCCCCUUGUUAGUGUUUUUUUUUUUUUUCAUGUCCUAUCAUCAGUUUUUUCCCUCUGAGAAAAUGUAUUAACCCUGAUGACUGUAAUUAUUUCAGUCUGAGAUAGCGUUUUUUAGCAAUUGUGCAUUAUAUUCAGUAUAAACCUGAUCCUCUCAUGAUAGAGGGGAAAAAGGUCUUUCAAGCACAGUAACAUCCUCCGUCUAAAUUACUCAUACAUUAAAAACUUCUGUUCUUGGUAGACUUUUUUUUUUAAAUGUUUAAUUAGCAAACAAAAUUUUUCUUUAAUUGUAUAUUUAAAUAUCCUAUCCGUUUUCCAUACAGUUUAUUUUGUCAAGGUAAUGAAGAAAGAGAUUCUAAAAUUUUUAUUUCUUACCCUAACUUAUUUGACCAUGGAAAAAAGGAAAAUCUAGGGCAUCAUUUGUACUGCCAAUCCAUACCGAGUUAGAUAUUUUAAAUUUCUUUUUAUUGUUUCUGUAUAAACUGUCUGAUCUACCCAAAUUAUUUUAAAGUUUUUACUGGCUCAAUCUUCUUUGAAUGAAUGAGUCUCAUAAGCUAUCACUGUUUUAUUUAAGACAGUACAACUGUUCAAUAAUUACCAACCAACUUUUUACGAAGUGUAGAAAUACAUUUUUCAAGCGUCUAAAUGGCACAGUAUUCUCCUGAUUGAUGAGAGAUAAAAACCUCUGUACUUAAAUAUUGUAGUUGAACGGCUUACAAAAAGACGUUUAAUCUUGUUUCCAUUCAAAAAUAAAUAAUUGCACUUACCCUCCUGAAGGAUCUACCUAUUAAUUUUUGAGAGAAUAUCCCUCUUUUUUCUGCCUACUUUGAUUCUUCUAGAAAACCAAGUUAGUUUUGUCAUGGUAGGUAGUUAUCUCAGAAAAACUUUAUUUUUCAUUUUGAACUGAACAAAAACUUAAUCAUAAUUUUGAUUUAUGAUCUAAUUGGAAUAGAAGGCUAUUGUUAUGAUUAUUUCGAUUCCUCCAACAAAAGAUAAAACUCCUUCGUAUAUCCUUUUUACGCACGCAAUCAAUUCAUGCUCUGUCUCUUGGGCAGCUCCUGUUUACUGCUCACUUACAAAUGUUUUGUCUUGUUGUCUUGUCAUCUGUUUGUUCCACGAAAGGUUUAUUUUGUUUUUGCGACUUUUAUUCAAAAUAAAUAUUCCAAGAAAGAGAAAA